UGGAUUACAAAUCGAGCUGUCACAAUGUAAUGUUGUUAAAAAGUAAUAAUUCAACUUUUAUUUUUUACAUUUCAAUGGGUAAAUUCAACUCCAUGCAAGCGAUGAGUACAAGAGAACAAGCAAACCACCCCAUACAUGUCGUGUUAUCCCAACCUCGUUUGCAGAAAAUAUCUCACCAUGAAAACUAUUUCGUUUUCACCACAAAUCCACACUAGCCUUUUGCAGCUUCCCAGGAAGACGCUCUUACAUUACCUAAUGGUGCACGCAUUGGGUAAUACAAAAUAAAAAUAAAAAGCAUUUUUUUCCCCAGGAUCUCCAUAUUUUAAUCGACGUCUUAUUAAAAAAAUAUAGGAAAACAACGACUAUAACAAGGGAAGAUAGGCAUGGGGAGAACAGGAACAUUGUGCAACUGCUUCAUUGCUUCUUUCCGAACUCCAAUCUCCAUUUGCAGACGCAAAAAACCUUUGAUUCCUAGGAGAAAGCUAAACCUUAUGGCGGCAUCGAUGGAUCCCUUGGACACAAAAACUUAUCAGCAGAACGUGUUGGUAAUGAGGCACGGCGACCGUUUGGACAACUUCGAUCCCACGUGGGAAAAGACGGCCGACAGACCAUGGGAUCCACCGCUCAUACAGAAUGGCCUACACAGGGCUUUUGGCACGGGCCGUGAGUUUCGAACCCGCCUACCUUUCCCAAUCCACCGAGUCUUCGUCUCUCCCUUUCUCCGCUGCAUCCAGACUGCCUCCGAGGUUGUGGCUGCCCUUUGCUCCGUCGAUGACGAUCCUAAUGCCAAGUCAUCCAACGACGUCGUUGCCAUCGACCCUUCCAGAGUCAAGGUUUCAAUCGAAUACGGGCUGUGUGAGAUGCUAAAUAAAACAGCAAUUAGGAUUGAUGUUGCGCCCAAAGAUGGAAUCUUUCGUUUCGACGUUCCACAGCUCGAGGCUCUGAUACCAAGUGGCACGGUAGAUCCUACGGUGGAACCAGUUUAUAAAGAGUUGCCGCAAUGGGAAGAGACAGUAAGGGAUGCAAGGAGUAGAUAUGAACAAAUUAUUAAGGCGCUGGCGGAUAAAUACCCAUCUCAAAACUUGCUGUUAGUGACACAUGGGGAAGGAGUUGGAGUUUCAGUUUCUGCAUUCAAGGAGGACACUAAUGUGAUUGAAGUAGAUUAUUGUGCUUAUUCAGAACUUACAAGACAAGUUUAUUUGAAAAAUGAGUCAUUCAGUGCUAGAAACUUCGAGGUGCUUACAGAAAGUGGCCAGACUGGGGUAACUUAUAUUGCAGAGUAGCAACUUUAAUGAUUUUGUCACUGGUAGUUUCAUAGAUUCUUUGCCUUCAACCACGAAGGAGAUGACUCUGAUUUCAUCUGCAGUAUACCUCAGUCUUCCUCUUGAUGCGUCGGCUUUCCUUUACAUUAACAUACUUUGUAUUAAGAAGCCAUGGAUUCAACAAAUAUCAGUAUGAAACUGUCUUUUUCUUCCCCUGUUUUGUUUGCUGACAGUGCAGAUUGAGAUGCCGUGAAAGUGAUUAAGGGAAACAAUUUCUGUUUCUUGAUUGGAUAACGCCAUUGUUACUGUU